CCUCUCUCUCUCUCUCUCUCUCUCCCCUUCUCUCUCCAAGGAGAAAACAACUCAGCUGCCAGCUCCCAUCUGAAAGGAAUUCCAUGCUCCACAAGAGAGUGAGAGUGAGAGAGGAGAGAGACCCACAAGGCCACCAAGUUGAAACCAUCCAGGGUCACCCACAGAAGUACUAGGACCAGAGAAAAACAAAAUAAAGGAAAAAAAAAAAAUAUAGCCACCCCCACCCUCCUAUAUGAUCAUGGAUGGUGAAAAUGGGAUCCGCAGCAGGCCAAAUUUCCCAUUACAGUUGCUAGAGAAAAAGGAAGAAGAAGCAUGCUCCACCUCCCACUACUCCUCCCUAUCCAUGCCCACAGACGAGCCAAGCUCUUCGGCUCGCUCCAAUUCCAGUACUGCUCUCGGCCAACUACCUCCCGAGACAACGAAGAGCAUCACCAAGGCACCUCCGAAGCGGAACUCCACCAAAGACAGGCACACAAAAGUGGACGGGCGAGGCCGCCGGAUCCGCAUGCCCGCCGCGUGCGCCGCAAGGGUUUUCCAGCUGACUAGAGAGCUCGGGCACAAGUCCGACGGCGAGACCAUCGAGUGGCUUCUCCAACAGGCCGAGCCAUCCGUCAUCGCCGCCACCGGGACCGGUACUAUUCCCGCCAACUUCACUUCGCUGAAUAUCUCUCUUCGUAGCUCUGGGUCUACCAUGUCCGCGCCUUCCCACUUGAUCAGGAGCGGUUAUAAUUUCAACCCUAGCGCCUUUUCGACCAUGCCACACUUGAGGGACACAGUAGUACUGGAUGAGACUUCGCGGCGAAGGGCUUUGUUUCCUAGUAUUGGGUUAUCGUCAUCGGAGACUUCGUCUAUGCUUUUGAAUUUCAACUCGAGUAAUGUGAAUAAUGUGAAUGCAACGUUGCAGGCCAAGCAAGAGUUGGUACGUGAGGCUGGCCUAGACGUGUCUGAUUCAGAUGGAAGCAUAGGGAGGAAGCGUAGGCCGGAGCAAGAAUAUUUGUCUCCAACUCAGAUGGGUAGCUAUUUGUUACAAUCUAGUACAACCGGGCCGAUUCCAGCUACUCAUAGUCCAAAUCCGGCGACGUUUUGGAUGCUGGCGAAUCCUAGUACCCAAGUGAUGAGUGGUCAUGAUCCUAUGUGGACAUUUCCUUCCAGUGGUAAUAAUACCGCUAGUGCUUAUAGGGGGUCUAUGCCUAAUGGGCUGCAUUUUAUGAAUUUUUCUCCUCCAAUGGCUCUAUUGCCCGGCCAACAAUUUGGUACUGGAAUUGGUGGGGCUGGUGGUGGUACGGUGACUUCCGACAGUCAUUUAGGCAUGCUCGCAGCGCUGAAUGCCUAUAGGCCUAUUGUCGGUGCCGGUGCUUUGGAGUCUCCGGGAAGUACUGGGGCGCAUCCGCAUCAUGGAGGAGAUGGACGCGAUACAGCUAGUCACAAUUCCUAGAUGAUGAAUUAAAAGCCAAGUGUAUGGUUUGGUUAUUGCAUCCAUCUCUUUUUUACUACUUUUCUAAGUAUAUAUAUUUGCAUUGGCAACA